UAUUUCAUUCCUACUUCCAUCUUAAGAUUUACUACUGCUCCCUCUUCUUCACAACAACAGCAACAACCAAAAGAUGACUCCUUUUUGGGUCAAUGCUUUGGUAAUGCAAAUAUUCCCCCCGGUGUAUCAAGACAGUUUGAAUUAAGCUCUUCCACUGCUCCAAGAUUCUUUUUAAGCUGUGUCUUGGCUGGAAAUGUAGCAAAAUUUAAUGUAUCAUUACCAGGAUUAAAAUUUCAAGUUAUGAAUAAUGAAUCAAUCUUCAUUGCUUCAAAAACAAUCUUUACUUUUAACUAUAAAGAUGGCUCAACGGCUACAAUCAAUGGUCUUGUCAAAUUACUAAUGAAUAGGGAAUUCAGAAUUGAAUGGAUUGAUAUCCAUUGUCUUUCUUAUCAAGGCUCAAUUAGUUUUGAUACUUUAGAAAAUCAUACCAAAAAACUAUCAACAAAUAAAAAUUUCAAAUCUUCAGAAUUACUUAACUCCAUCUAUGAUUCAAGUGAUUCAAUUAAAAAUCAAGUAAACUCUGGUCUUAAUGAAAACUCGAUGAAAGUUAUGCAAAUCGGUGAUACAAUGUCCCAUUUAAGAUCUCUAAUGGCUUUUACCAUGGUGAAUAAUAUCAAUUCUCCUCUAAAGGCAAUGGACUUAUUCAUGACUCUUUGUAACAAUCAAAGAAACAACGCCCAACUGUCUCAACAAAAUAAA